AUAGAAUGUUCAUGAUAGAAUAUGAUUGUAUUAGGAGUCUCCUUUUUUUUUUUUUUUUUGUAUUGUGUCUCCUUUUAGCCAGGAAAGCUCUAUUAGUUAAAGCUUGGUCAACCCAUCCUUUUUUGUUGCAGGUUCUGAUGACAUUCAGGGAUGUGACUGUGAACUUCUCAAAAGAGGAGUGGGAAUGCCUGGACUCUGCUCAGAGGACUUUGUACGUUGAUGUGAUGUUGGAGAAUUACAACAACCUGGUCUUUGUGGAGAACUAUUGCAAGUGUGAUCCUGUCCAUCACCAUGUGAAGACUGAAAAGGAGUCUUGUCAGUGUGAUGAGCUUGACAAAGUGCUUCAUGACCCCUCCACAUGUGCACUUCAUAGAACAAGUGAAACUCCAGAAAACUCUAAUGACUACACAUGCAGUAGUCACAGGGAUGCCUCUGUUGACUCAUCAAACCCAGACAGACAUGAAAGCAUGCGCACUGGAGAAGAACCUUGCCAAUCUCAAGACUGUGAGAAAUCUGUAAAUUUGUGUUCCAACAUCAUUCAAGAUCAGAGAGUCUACACUGCAGAGAAAGAGCACAGGCAGGGAGAAUAUGAUGACUGUCUCAGCUCUGCAUACAGACCUUCACAACAACCAAUCAAUACUGGAGAGAAACGACUCCAGUGUGGCACAUGCGGGAAAUGCUUCAGUCGUGCCUCAAGCCUCAGUGUACAUAAGAAAAUUCAUACUGGAAUUAAACCCUACAAAUGCAACGUUUGUGAAAAAUCCUUCACGCAACUUUCAAACUGUAAAACACAUCAAAGAAUUCAUACUGGGGAGAAACCUUACAAGUGCAGAGAAUGUGGAAAGUCAUUUCGGUUCUUGGCAGGAAUUCAUAGCCAUCAGAAAAGUCAUAGUGGAGAGAAGCCUUACAAGUGCAAUGAGUGUGACAGAUCCUUUCCCCACUAUUCAUCAUUGAGGAUGCAUAGGAAAACUCAUUCUCUAGAGGAGUUUCACAAAUGCAAAGACUGUGGUAAGUGCUUUCUCCAAUUACCACACCUUAAACUUCAUUACAGAAUUCAUGCUGGUGAAAAGCCUUAUAAAUGUGAGGUAUGUGACAAAUCAUUUACCUCGAAUUCAAUCCUUAGAAGACAUCAGAAAGUUCAUACACAGGAGAAACCUUACAAAUGUGAGGAAUGCAACAAAUCCUUCACCUCGAAUUCAAUCCUUAGAGUACAUCAGAAACUUCAUACACAGGAGAAACCUUACAAAUGUGAGGUAUGUGACAAAUUCUUUGUCGAUGAGGCAACUCUUAGAAGACAUCAAAAAGUUCAUUCUAGGGAGAAACCUCACAAAUGUGAAGUAUGUGACAAGUCCUUUACCUGGAAUUCAGAACUUAGAAGACAUCAAAGUGUUCACACUGAAGAGAAACUUUACACAUGUAAGGAAUGUGACAAAUCUUAUACUAGCUGCUCAAAUCUUAGAAUACAUCAGAGAAUUCAUACUGGAGAGAAACUUGCUAAAUGUAUAGAUUGUGAUAAAUCCUUUACUGAUUUUGCAACUCUUAGAAAACAUCGGAGAGUUCAUACUGGAGAGAGACCUUACAGAUGUAUGGAAUGUGACAAGUCCUUUACACAGGUCUCACAUCUUAGAACACAUCAGAGAGUGCAUACUGGAGAGAGGCCCUAUAGUUGUCAGGUUUGUGACAAUUUUUUUUCCCGAUCUUAUCGUUUAAGGAGACAUCAGAAACUUCAUACUGGGGAGAUACUUGACAUGUGGUAAAAUUGUGACAUAUCCUAUAUCUGAGGUCUUAGAAGACAUCAGAUGGUGCAUACUGGAGAAUUGACCUUACAGUUGUAUGGAAUGUAAGAAAUCCUUAUCCAGUUGCUCAAAUCUUGGAAGGACUCACAGUGUUCAUGCUGGGGUAAAACCCUACAAAUGCGCGGGGCGGUGGUGGUGCAUGCCUUUAAUCCCAGCACUCGGGAGGCAGAGGCAGGCGGAUCUCUGUGAGUUCGAGGCUAGGCUGGACCGACAGCCUCCAAAACAACACAGAGAAACCUUGUCUCGUAAAAACAAAAACAAAAACAAAACAAAACAAAACCAAAAAACCUACAAAUGUAUGGAAUGUGCCAAGUCCUUUAUCCGGGACUUAAAUCUUAGAAGACAUGCAAAAGUUCAUACUGGAUGCAGACUUUACAGAUGUUAGGAAUGUGACAAAUCCUUUGUCCACUCUUCUGCUUGAUGGAAACAUCAGAACAUCCAUAAUGAAGAGAAACCAUCCUUUAUACAGAUUUCCAAUCUUAGGAGACACUAGAAAAAUCAUACUGGAGAGAAACUGUUUAAAUAAUGGGAUAUAGCAUUUUCCAUUACUGUGUGCUUACAAAUCGCAACAGUUUACAAAAUACUGGGUAAGAUCAAUGAAAGAGUAUCUUCGUAGAGGGAGCCAGUGUGGGUUUAGAGAGAAUGCUUGAGCUUGAGAAAUUCUCAAGAAUCCACAUAGGUGACCCCAAUAGUGGAGAGGAUGUCUGAAAGGGCCUUCCCCUUAAUCAGAUCAGUGACUACCCUAAAUGUCAUCAUAGAACAUACAUCCAGUAACUGAUGGAAGCAGAUGAAGUGAGCCACAGCCAAGCACUGGACUGAGCCACUGGAAUUCAGUUGAUGAGAAGGAGGAGGGAUAAUAUGAUCAAGGGGUUGGGUCAAGAUGAUGAUGGAGAAAACCCCACAGACAGCUGACCUGAGCUUAGUAGGAGUUCCCAGACUAUGACUGACAGCUGGGGAACUGCAAGGGACUAAACUAGGCCCUCUGAAUAUAGGUGACAGUUAUGUGGCCUGAUCUGUUGAGAGGGACAGGUCUGGUAGUGAGACCAGCACCUAUCCCAGAUUCAUGAAUUGUCUUUUACGGUCCCAUUCCCUAUGGAAUACCUUUCAAGGUGAGAUACCUUGCUUAGCCUCAAUAUAAGGGGGAAAGGCUUUGUUGACACCCCAAGGUAGGCCUUCCCUCCUCCGUGGUGUAAGUGGGGGAUGGGGAGUUGGAGGGUAGGAGAUGGUGAGGGAGUGGUAACUGGAGUUGCUAGGUAAGAUGAAAAAUAAAAUUUUUAAAUAAAACAAACUAGAAACAUAAAGGUAAGAAACUAGUGAAAGUCUUUAUGAAGAUUUUUGUUUUUAAAGAUUUCCUAGAGUAUAUAUUAAAAUAAAAUUCUGCAUAUAUAAUAGUGGGAAGAGCUUUUCAUUUCUUUUAAUGUGCAUACGUGCUUUGCUGGCAACUAUGUCUGUGUACUACAUGUGUGCCUGGUACAGGUGGAGGCCAGAAGGGUCAUCAGAUCCCCUUAAUCUGGAGUUACAGACAAUUGUGAACUGACAUGCAUGUUGGGAAUUGAAUCCAAGUCUCUGAUAGAGCAACCAGUGACUUCACCCUUAAGCCAUGUCUCCAGCCCAUGGUAAAAAAAUGUAAUAAAAAACAUGGAUCUUA